UAAGACUCGACAGUUCACAUGUUGAAUUAGUUCAGAUACUUGUAAGACACCAAUGCCAUUUUACCUGUUUCUUAAUUAAUAUAUGUAUAAUUUUUAACGCAAUGUCGAACGAAAUCCGUCAUACUAAUUUUGGAUACAGCGAAUGGAUUAUAUCCUGUAGAUUACGGCUUACUCCUGAUGAACGUUGGGACUCACUUUUAGAAUCUCCGCAAUUCAGAUGUGAUAGGAAUAAACUCUGGCGUCUGACUUUAAGAUAUAAUAUGUAUUCUAUAAAAGUGUUUUUGCAACUGUUAUCAAAGGAUAGCUCGCCUUUUGAUCUUUCUGAAAGCUAUAUAUACUUAGUGAAUCAUCGACCCGAUUCUUUGACAAAGAACGAAUCACGAAUUGAACUUGAAAACUGUGACAGAUAUUACACAUUUAGCGAUCAAACGUAUAAAGAUGUGUUUGACAAAUUAAAAUCUGUUAAUAUGACUUCCACAGAAACUAUAACAUUUCGAUUUUUUAUUGAUGCAAAAAUCAUUAAUAAUGCAAGUUAUAAUAAAGACCCUCAAAAAUCUCCAGUAUCGUGCUUUGAAAAUCUCUUCAACAACUCAGAUCUAUCGGAUAUUCAAUUGGUGGUUGGCGAUGAAACAUUUUUUGCUCACAAGGCGAUAUUAGCAAAUGGUAGUACAGUGUUUACAGCCAUGUUUAAAAACGAUUUGAAAGAAAGCAAAGAAAAUGUUGUGGAAAUAAAUGACAUGAGUGCAGAGGGAAUGCAUAAUUUAUUGAGAUAUAUGUAUACUCACAUUGCUAGAAUUGAUAAAAACAUUGUAUUUGAUCUAUUGAUGGCUUCGGAUAAAUAUUUAAUUCCUAAUUUAAAAAAAUCAUGUGAAAGAUAUUUACUAGACACUUUAACCAUUGAAAAUUGUAUAGAUUAUGUUUUGGCUGCAGAUUUGUAUAACAUGUAUGAACUAAAAAGUGAAAUUAUUGUUUUCAUUGGUCGGAAAUGUAAACUUGAUUUUAUGAAUUCUAAACCAUUUGUUCAACUACAGAAAUCAAAUUUAAAAUUGUAUGCAGAAAUUACCCAACAUUUUAUGUUUCUUGUUCUCAGAUCAAAAUGAACAUUAGGAGUUAUGAUUAAAAAUGAUUUUUCAUGUUUUACUAUCUAACAUUUUGAUUGUGUUUAUGAUAUAUUUGAA